CAGAGAGCGAGACCUUUGGGACUAAGAACGCAUCGGGGGCUGUUUCCUCCGUUUCUCGGCACGCGUCGCCGUGGGAGCCAAGCAGCCAAGCAGCUUAGCCCGCCCUGGCCCAACGGGGAGCCCCGUGGCUUGGGCCCGGCUUCCGUGGGUUGCAGAGGACUUGCGAGGAUGAUAUGCAACUAGUUCAACGGAGUGAGUGGGCAUUGCGUUCCCCUUUUGACCCUGGGCCCUCUCCAUCCACACCAACGAAGACUUAUAAAACUGGGGGCAAAGGCCCUUCCUUGACUCGGAAUAUCCUCACGCGAGACAUCCAUCGCAUGUUUUUAAGCCUCAACUCUGCCUCGAACGGGCGUUCCCUCUAUCAGGACCAUAGAAAUCCCUUCUCCUCCCCAUCCACGAAAAACAAAAAAAAGAAGGGAGGGGGGAAAGGCCUGGUAUAUGGAGGCUGGAGAGCCUCCCCCUCCAGACCCGCGGCUCAGGCGAACCACCCAGGUCAACCAUUCAAGGCCCAACCUCUCCGCAGCGGCCCUCUGCUGGCUCGUCAUCGGCCAUAUUGGCUGCAGCCCCGCGCCCCUCAGCAACGAUCUCGUCUUCGUCGGCGUGCUCCUUGUCUUCCUCCAGCUCGUCAUGUUGCUGGUCGCCCUCGACACGACCGCCGGGCUAUGGCGACCGGGCCGGGGCAACGCGCUGCUGACGGCGUGGAUUGUAGGCUUCAGCACCGCGUCGGCGUACGCCAUGUUCGCGGCCGGGGGCUGGGCGCGCUAGGGCCAGGGGCUUUUUUGGGCGCUAGCCGGCGUCUACGGCGGGGUCGGGGUCUGGCCCCGGGUCCGGUAGCGGCUGGAGAGGACCGCGAGGACGGAUGAGGCGGAAUGGCUUUCCCGCGUCGGGGAGGGUGCGCUCGUGAGGACUGCAUUCGUGGGUAUCUCCGCGGAUUCCGAGGGGCUACCAAAAUACGGCACGCCCGUCGAGCAGAUAUGUACGUAGUAUCUGUGUCGACAGCAAGGGGAACACCAAAUGACCAAAUGAGCGUGACGUCCCUCGUUGAUCGACUUUCAGACUUCUAAUUGAUGCUCAGUCCACUCCGGCUCAUACAGACCCACCCUGCCCUUUUCUUUAUACAGCAAACGCACUACUUGGCUUAGCCUACCUUACAUACUGUGAUGACAGCAAAAGGACGGUAAUCUAUACCAAAU